AUGGAAUCGGUGAUUGGCAUCGCUGUUAGUAGCACUACUGAAAUAGCAACUGAAGUGCAGAGAGGGUUAAUACAGCACCACCACUCUCUUGAUCGGAUUCCCCCAAAAGGGAGAGACAGUUCGAAAGCAAACCCUCGCGACCCUCUUCCUUCAAUAGUGAGAGUCUUGUCCUUGUGAAAAGAGUUUGUCAUGGCUUCAAAGAGGAUUCAUAAGGAGUUAAAGGACCUGCAGAAGGAUCCUCCUGCAUCUUGCAGUGCAGAUGAAAAGAUUGGUACGGCAGAGAACAAAAGUCCAAAAUCUGAAUCAUCCUCUAUGGACACACAAUCAGGACAAGGACCAACUCCUACAGGAGCUGGAUUUUCUGCAAGUCCUUUCGAUUUCUCAGCUAUGACGGGCCUACUCAAUGACCCAAGCAUUAAGGAAUUAGCCGAACAGAUAGCACUAGACCCUUCAUUUAACCAGAUGGCAGAGCAGCUCCAAAAGACUUUUCAUGGUGCGCCAGCUGAAGAUGGCAUCCCUCAAUUUGAUUCGCAACAGUACUACUCCACAAUGCAACAGGUUAUGCAAAACCCCCAAUUUAUGACAAUGGCUGAGCGCCUUGGUAAUGCGUUGAUGCAGGAUCCGUCCAUGUCCACCGUGUUUGAGAACCUGGCUAAUCCUUCACACAAAGACCAGCUUGAUGAACGAAUGGCGCUCAUCAAAGAAGAUCCUGCUUUGAAGCCUAUUUUAGAAGAGAUAGAGACAGAAGGUCCAGCUGCAAUGAUGAGGUACUGGAAUGAUAAAGAUGUUCUACAGAAGCUAGGUGAAGCAAUGGGUCUUGCUGUUGCAGGGGAACCUGCUACCUCUGCUGAAAAUGCUGGGCCAGAUGAAAUAGAAGAGCCAGGAAUUGAGGAUGAAUCCAUUGUUCAUCACACUGCUAGUGUUGGUGAUGUGGAGGGCUUGAAGAAUGCACUGGCCUCUGGUGCUGAUAAAGAUGAAGAAGAUUCAGAGGGAAGGACAGCAUUGCAUUUUGCUUGUGGAUAUGGCGAGGUGAAGUGUGCUCAAAUCCUUCUUGAGGCUGGAGCAAUGGUGGAUGCGUUGGAUAAGAAUAAAAACACUGCCCUGCACUAUGCAGCUGGUUAUGGCAGGAAGGAGUGUGUAGCACUUCUACUAGAAAAUGGUGCCGCUGUCACUCUUCAGAAUAUGGAUGGAAAAACUCCCAUUGAUGUUGCCAAGCUUAACAACCAGCAUGAGGUACUGAAGCUGUUAGAGAAGGAUGCUUUCCUGUAAGUCAAAGAGCUUGUUUGCAUGUGUACCUUUGGGUUCUUUUUCCAUUUGAUUAUUGUGUUAGAGAAAAGUUGUUUGAUGAGCACAAGGAUGAUGUCAUCUAACUCGGGUGUUUGUUAAUCUUUUGUUUCUUGCUGUUUGAUUGCUAUAUCUCAGGAUUUUUAUAGUUAAGUUGCAUAAACACUCUUCCCUUGGACACCAUAUAUGUGGGAUGGAUUAUAACACACCAUUUACCCAAUAACAAACUCCAAUAAUUUCUCCAUUUUAAUAAAUUGAUGGGUUGAGGGUGGCUGAAUAACUA